UGGUGGAGGGUCUCCUAGAUACUACUACACCCAUCAUCUGAUCAUCACAUGGAAUAAUCUAUUCAUCACUGUGUGUUCCCUACAGAUGGAGUCAUUGAUAGAAAUCCACCCGAGAGGUGUCCCCGCCCUCUGUAUUCUCAGGACUGUCCAGAGGGAAAUGUCCCAGAGAAGCAUCAGGGGGGAGAUCUGACUAAUAAUAAAGUGGAGGAUGAAGAAGAGAGGAUGAGGGGCCAUCACCCGUGUAUGAGGGAAGUGAAGGAGGAAAUUCCAGGAGGUGUUACCCCAGGAAAUCCCAGUAAGAAUUCUGAGGGAAACUUCAUGUUAUCCCUGAAUGAUAAAGGAGAAGAUGAAGAUAUGAUGGAGCGCUCCUCAGGAGAAGACCUCUUUACCCCUAAUGUCCAUCCAGAUCUAUCCUAUAAUAAUCCAUCUGAUCAUGAGGAACCUUCUCCUGACCAACCACACAUUGUUACCACAAGGACAGAUCAGGAACAUGGGAAAGGUUUUUAUUGUGAGGAAUGUGGGAAACAAUUUACAAGAAGAUCAUCUCUUGUUAUACACAGAAAAAGUCACACAAAAAAGAAGCUGUAUUCAUGUUCAGAAUGUGGGAAACACUUUAAACAGAAAUCAGAUCUUAUAAUACAUGAGAGAAGACAUACAGGAGAGAAGCCAUAUUCAUGUUCAGAAUGUGGGAAAUGUUUCUUACAAAAAUCAGAUCUUGUUAUACACGAAAGGAGUCACACAGGACAGAAGCCAUUUUCAUGUUUGGAAUGUGGGAGAUGUUUUAGUACUAAAUCUGCGUUAAGGAAUCAUUAUAGAGCUCACACAGGAGAGAAGCCACAUUCAUGUUCAGGAUGUAGGAAAGGUUUUAUAACUAAAGCAAAUCUUGUUAGACAUGAGAGACUUCACACAGGAGAGAAGCCAUUUUCAUGUUUAGAAUGUGGGAAAUGCUUUACAGCUAAAUCAGGGCUUGUUAGACAUGAGAGAAGACACACAGUAGAGAAGCCAUAUUCAUGUUCAGAAUGUAGGAAAGGUUUUAUAACUAAACAAGAGCUUUUUACACAUGAAAUAAGUCACACAGGAGCAAAGCCAUUUUCAUGUUCAGAAUGUGGGAAAUGUUUCUCAAGUAAAGCAUAUUAUGUUGCACAUGAGAGAAUUCACACAGGAGAGAAACCGUAUUCAUGUUUAGAAUGUGGGAAAUGUUUUACACAUAAAUCACAUCUUGUGCGACACGAGAGAAAUCACACGGGAGAAAAGCCAUAUUCAUGUUCAGAAUGUGGGAAAUGUUUUGCACAUAAAUCGCAUCUUGUGCGACACGAGAAAAGUCACACGGGAGAAAAGCCGUAUUCAUGUUCAGGAUGUGGGAAAUGUUUUACAGAAAAAGCAAAACUUGUUAGACAUGAGAGAAUUCACACAGGGUGCUGAAAAUAUUCUUAAAAAGAAAAAAAAAUGUUUGAAACUCACAGGAGAAUUCAAAUUAAGAAACCACCUUCUUAUUUGGAAUGUGAAAAAUGCUAUAAAUGGGGAAAAAUAUUUUAACCCAUUGGGUUCUUCAGACGGUUAACAUAUAGGAUAGGGUUUAAAGGGAUACUCCGCCCCUAGACAUCCAAAGGAUAGGGGAUAAGAUGUCUGAUCGCGCGGGGGGGCCUGCUGCUGGGGACCCCCGCGAUCCCCCCCCCCCCCCCCUGCAGCAGUCCGGUACCUCGGCAUUGAGGGUGGGCGGACGUGACGGUAGGAGGGGGCGAGGCCAUGACGUCAAGAUGCUCGUCCCCCCCGCACCGCCCGUCAUCAGCCUCGGAGAAAACUUAGCUCCG